UUCAGAGGGUGCAAUUCAAUCCUUGUCAUUUUCAGUGAGCAUUCUGAUGGUGGAUUAUGAACCGAGAGUCGUUAAGUUUCACAUAUGUGACAGACCAUGGCUAAGUCUUUAUAACAGAAAUUUGAUAUUGAAGACAAAGGCAACAGAUGAAGGGGAAGCCACUUCAGUAUUCAAUGGUCCAUCUGGCGACUGUCUUAGUGAUGACGUUAUGUAUCAAAUAUUUGCACGUCUUUCGCCUUCUGAUCUAGCAGCAUGUUCAAGAGUUUGUCGUCGUUGGAAUUCGUUGUCUUUUGACCCAGCACACUGGAAGCGAAUCUGUAUGGAAACCUGGCCUUCAGGUGGCAACGUGGAAACUAUGAAGAGUGUUGUGUCUUAUGGUAUCUAUAGUGUUGUUUCUUAUAUUGUUCGUUUAUUUCGAGUGACUAUCACAGGAGGCUCCUGGAGACGCAUGUUUUUGGAACGUCCACACCUUAGGUUUGAUGGAGUUUACAUUUCAAGGCAUCAAUACAUUCGAAUGGGACUAACUGAAGGAAAAUAUAAGCAACCAGUUUUUCUGGUAACCUAUUUUCGGUUCUUACGAUUUUAUCCAGAUGGUAUAUGCAUAGUGUUAACAAGUGCAGAAAAGCCUACGUCAGCUGUGAAGCGUCUAAGAAGAAAUUGGUCUCCCUCAGCAAACGAACGCGAUAAAGCGACACCUUGUUUAGGUAGUUAUGAGUUCAACGAGAAAACGAAACAAGUUACUGUCAUAAGUUCUGUGAAACAACCAAAAUAUCCUGAAAUGCGAGAUGCGACUGUUGUUUAUUCAUUGAAACUCUCAUCAACCUGUCGCGGUGCAAAUGAUCGUUUAUAUGUUGAGAGUCACUUUUCUAUACAUGAAGGCUCAGACUGUCCAGUAUUCCACUCAAAAGACAAACAAGUGAAAUACUAUUCUUUCAUUGCAUUUCGCUGUUUCCAUGAACGAUGUGCACGACUUUUUCAUGAGGAAGACUACAUCAAGGCUAACUGAGUUGAGAUGCUUUCAGAAUUGAGAAAUGCUCAAACACGAAUGAAUGAAUGAAUGAAUGAAUGAUUGGAACUUUGUUGAGAAACUUGGAGAUUUGUUUAUUCCAAUUUGUAGAUUGCAAUUCUAUCUCGAAGGGGUCGUCCUUUUCCAUAUUUUUGGGUCAAUUUGGCAGAAACUUAAUUGGUUAUUCCUCAGUAUAUUCCAUUCUUGUAAAUACGUGGUUCCUCGACUGU